ACUAAGUUUAGUUGAUAUGAUUAAGACAUAAUAGGUUGGAUUGAGAAAGGGUUAAGAACGUGUUUGAUUAGCUAAAUUCUAUAGUUAGAAUGGGUUGGUUAGAAAGAGAAGAAGGAAGGGUUAAAAAAGAGUUACUCGAUAUUAAUGAGGGAUUAAGGGAAUAGCGCAAAUUCUGUGGUUCCAGGCUUGCAAACUAAUCCUACAGAAAGGAGUCGUGGGGCAAAAGUAAUGGGCGGAGGGGUUUGCUUCAAAGCCAACCGAAUCUCACUCCUUUCCUAGCCUCCUCUCACUUACAUUGCAUCUUCUUCUUCUCCUCCUCUGUUCUAUAUAUAUAACUUGCUGUCUCGUCCUUUUCCAUAUCAGACCUCUUUCUUUGCAUCAAUGGCGGAAACCCCAGAUGAAAAUCAAGCCCAAUUCAUCAAGGGAAAGCGAACCAAACGCACCAGGCCUCCCUCUGUUGCUUCAUCUUCCAGCGCUGAUUGUUCCAGUUCGUCGGCGGGGCUUACAGAGCAAGAAGAAGAAGAUCAAGAUUUGGCCAAUUGUUUGAUUCUUUUGGCGCAGGGGAGAACAGGGGAUUGCGCCUCUGUUUUGGUUCAACACAAUCAAUCUCUGUUUGCUUAUCAGUGCAAGACUUGCGAUCGUUGUUUUCCUUCUUUUCAAGCCUUGGGUGGACAUAGAGCUAGCCAUAAGAAACCCAAAAUCUCUAAUUCUCUUCAAACCCACGACCCUCAAUUUCACCUCUCCUUGCAGUUAUCCACCGGCCGACCACCGGCCAGUUUCGCCGCCGGUGACCUCGUUAAAUCUAAGGUUCAUGAGUGUUCCAUUUGUGGAGCGGAGUUUUCUUCUGGGCAGGCACUUGGUGGUCAUAUGAGACGACAUAGAGCGUUGACCUCUACGGCGUCGGUGCCGAGUAGAGGUGCUGCUGCUACGCCGCAGUUGCAGGAGUUAAUGAUUAAGAAAGAGAGAAAUGUGUUGGAGUUGGAUCUUAACCUUCCGGCGCCUGAGGAUGACCGGCACCGGACGGCGGUGUCUGUGUUCUCCGCCGCAUCGUCGCUGGUGGAUUGUCAUUACUGAUUGUUUUUUUUUUUUUUUUUUUUUUUUUGGGUAUUGUUGCAAAGGUCGCAUCAUAUGCACCAAAUUGAACCCCCCCAAUCAAUUGGGACUUAAUUAAUUCCCCUGUGGGGUUUGAAUUUGAUUAUUCAU